AGACAUGAACGCAGCAUUUCUCUUCAACAACACCAUGUUUAACACAAGCCUUAUCCAAUACUCGGCGCUCUACUCCACCAUCCAUCAAAAACAACGACAGUGUGGUGGAGUACGACUAUCUCUCGCUAUUUACUGACAAGCAUACAGCGCUAUGCAGUUAAAUGAGCUCAGACAGAUUGAAAUUACUUUAUCUGGCAGGUUAGUUGUCGUGAUAGAAGCUAGCACCUUGACGCUACCCAAGCUAACGCAAACACAACGUAAUGUCCCUCCAUGUUGUAGCGGUUCUACUUUAGGGGCACUGAUCAACGUAAAGGGUUGAACCCUAGCUCACUGUCAACUCUCCCAAACGCCUGUUUACAUUGUGUAUAUCUGGCUGAGCGGCGUGUGGACGACACCAGUCGGUUGCUUAAACGAGGUGGACGUUUUUCCAAAGUAGCAGGCAGCUAACGUUUGGGGCAUUGCCCUCAGUAGAUCAUUAAGCUAGCACGCUAACACGCGGCUGGCAACGGGUUGACAAUUUGUUUAUUCAGACUUCAUCUGGCACAAAUACUCGGGAGAUUGAGGUUGUGUGCGGGUCUGCGUGAGCUCUGUCCACUGUCCCAUGCCCGCUGUGGGAGAUAGUUGUGGAGCCGAAGAGGUAACCAGCCAGCAGUCCUGUUAAACAUGGAGGAUGAAGAGGUCGCAGAGAGCUGGGAAGAGGCAGCGGACAGCGGGGAAAUAGAGAGAAGGAUUGAGGCUAAACUGAAAAUAAAUCAGGCGGCAAAGAAGUUCAGCUUGGGUUCGGGUUGCUCACCUGUUAAAACUGCUAUUGUAAUCCAGGAUGACUCCAUGCCUGCAGCACCCCCACCACGAAUUAGAAUUUUAAAACGUCCGUCAAACGGUACCGCAGGAAACCUUGCAUCCUCAAAUCGUCCCUCUCAGCAGAUGAAGUCUUUGGCCCAGCGGGAGGCAGAGUAUGCAGAAGCCCGAAGAAGGAUCUUGGGUAGUGCGUCUUCAGAUGAUACACCUCAGGACAAUCCUUCCCAGGACAGGGCAGCUCGUAUGAGUGUGCAACAACCAGUGGAACCAGUUCGUCCAAACAACCAUGUGAUCCGCCAGCCCACUGGCCCAGAUGGCACCUCAGGCUUCAGACUCUGCAGAUAAAGAGGAGCUACCUGCUGCAAGGAAUCAGCUGUCUCCCUGAGAGGGCAUAAAGGGUGGCAGUUCAAGGGGUUAUGUGUGGCAUGAAGAGCAGAGUGGUGGGAUGACACCAAAUUCGACAGACAUUAGAAAUAUGAAGACACAGCAUGGAUUGAAAUGAACUCCACCACCCUCUCAAAUCUCUGCUUUCUGGCAUGGUCUUUGCGUUUCACCUUGUCUUUUCCUUCUGUGGAAUGUGCAAGGGGAUGGCAGAGAUCAGCCAAAGAUCUGAAACCCCGUCUGUUCCACACUGAACAGACGUUUGCCUCACAUCUCUACACACUGUGAUACUCUGAUGUUCCAUGAGGUGCCCUGUGAUUUGAUGUAUGAUUGGCCGGCCGAGUGCAUCAGGUGCCUGUCUUUUCAGGGAGAAUAAGGGCAGCUCGGGAAUCUGUGGGAAUUCCCCUGAGGUACGAGCAAAGGAGCUGGCCUUUCCACUGAUGGAGCGGGGCUCAUGGCUGGGUGUCCACCGGGUCGCUGGCCUCAGUUUUUUGGGGUUCAGUGGAAAUUAAAUGUUUGACAGUGCUAGGAGUUUACUGUGUUUCAGCAGCUUGAGUGACAGGUGAGGAAAAGUCAAACUGAUCCAACACUUUAAGUAAAAGUGCACUGUGCUAAAAAGUGUGUUUUUAUACCGUAGUUGCAUAGCAAUGUUAGAGGCCCAGAGGAGUAUUUUCCACAGUCCACAGGCCUCCGUUUGGCUCUGGUGGCUAUUAAAGAAAUGCCCGGUGGGCACGCAGCCUUUGGCCAAAGAUUACAGAUCGGAAGGUCGGAAUGUCACUAACUCUAAGUUUAUUCAAGCAAUAAAGAUUGUCACUUCCUGGAUUAUUUUUUACAUAUUGCCUAUUUACCUGUGCUGUGUUUUCAAAUUAUGUGACAAUUUUUCUUCAUGGUUGUGUUUCUUUUUCCAAGAAAUAGUAUGUUUAGGUCAGGAGAUCGGUAGUGUAUCAGAGAUUAGAUGAUGUAGCCUGCAUACAAAACUUUAUUGGUAGUCAUUUUUAAUUUGAUCAAAUUGGAUAAAUAGCAUUAUUUGAAAAUCUUAAAUGAUCAUGCAUUUUUGUUGGUGUGUUUUUCCUUUCUGCUUCUCAACGGAAGUGCUGAAUUGGGACUUAUUUUCCAGCCAAUUGUACUGCAUCUGUUUAGAAAAGAGGACGUUGAUCUGUUGCACCAGUUGAAGUAUGUUGACUGAGGUUAUGGUUUGGUCUUCAGAAAUAACUAUUUGAUGCUCAGCUUGGGGGAUGACAUAGUUCCAUGACAACCGUGUUGAUUUGGAAGAGUCCAUAAAAUUUAUUUCGAAAACGACAAAAAUGUUCACAAACAUAUUAGAAAGCACAUUUUUUAAUCUGUGUCCUUUAGAAUGAAGCCACAUUCCGCUGCCUGGGUGUGAUGAAUGUUUAUCAUGCAAAGGGAUUUUACAGCAUUGUUUGCCGCCGAAUAAAAAUAGAACUUUGCAAACCAUGAAAUCGAUAAUCUCAUCGAAUGCUGAUGAGCUACCAGAACUGAUAACUACUGCAAUCAUUUUUGAGCCCUUUGACACUUGUAUGCCUUAAAUGACAAAUGAUCCCUGGUUACAUGUGUUCACUUUCCAAUGGGUAGUGUGUGUUAGUCUUAAGCUUUUUGUGCACUUGUGAUGGUUUUAUUAUUUUACUUGAUGAAUCCUGUCAUUGAGGUACAGUUAAUAGCUGCAAGAGUAUUGCACUCUAAAAAGGUGCAAACAUGCUUUUAUUACAUGUUCAUGACGGUGCUAAGACCAUCAUUUAUAGAAAUGAUUUCCAGUGACAUUAAAAAAACAUUUAUUGGAAAUAUUCAAAAUAAAAGAAUAAAUUGAAACUAUUUUAAAUUAGACAACUUGCCUCUGCACAGCAGCACACUUAUCAAUAUGGCUGAUGCAUUUGUGCCACUUAUUCCAACCUCACUCACUAAAAAGGAAAAGGACCUUUUCGGGUCAGGCAUGCAUGGUUCACUGAUGUCUCGGAACUGAAGUUUCCUUUUGUUGUUUGUUGACAGCAUAUAAGUUUUCCAUUGCAGCACUAACGUCUCAAAUAUUUUUGUUUUAAGAGAUAGUAAAGCCUACACUGUCGUCUUAAUAUACUGUUCCCAGGGAUCUGGUUCAAUUAUUGAAAUGAAAUGGAUUUGUUAGCAUUUUAAAUAGAUAAUAAAAAGCAAAACCCAUCCUGUAUCUAUGUGAUCUAUACACAUUAAGCUUUGCUUCAGUCGUUCAAAGCCGCCUGCCUACAUCAAGGCAGAUUUGAUGUCAUUCUUGUUUUGAAACUUGAAAAUCACCAAUGAAAUUUUAAUACCCUUUAAUAAACACACUUCAAACUUG